CUCUCCUCUCUCUCUCUCUCUCUCUCUCCCUCUCUCUCUCUCUCUCUCUCUCUCUCUCUCUGGGGGAUGUCCAGUGGAGGAGGGGGGAAACGGGUGGUGGUAGUUCGGAGGGGUGUGGCUCCCACCCACAUGGGCAUGAGCAACAUGUCCGCCAACUGCCCAGACCAGAAUGCUGUGGGCUCCAAUAGGUCCUAUUCUCUACACGACUUCGAUAUCAUCAAAACUAUAGGGACGGGCACCUUCGGGCGGGUAUGCCUCUGCAGGGACAAGGUGACCUCCGGAUACCUGGCCAUGAAGAUCCUGGCCAUCGCGGACGUCAUCCGGCUGAAGCAGGUGGAGCACGUCAAGAACGAGAAGGAGGUCCUCAGGGCAGUGUCUCACCCGUUUAUCAUCCGCAUGUACUGGCAUCACAGGGACGAUCGGUUCCUGUACAUGCUCUUCGAGUACGUCUGCGGCGGAGAGCUCUUCUCCUACCUCAGGAAUGCCGGGAAGUUUCCCACCACCACAGCGCUGUUCUACGCGGGGGAGAUCGUGAGCGCCCUGGAGUACCUCCACUCGCUCUCCGUCGUCUACCGAGACCUGAAGCCCGAGAACCUCCUCUUGGACAAAGACGGCCACCUCAAGAUCACCGACUUCGGCUUCGCCAAGAAGCUGACCGACAGGACCUGGACCCUGUGUGGGACGCCGGAGUACCUGGCACCCGAGAUCAUCCAGAGUAAGGGUCACAACAAGGCAGUCGACUGGUGGGCCUUAGGGAUCCUGAUCUACGAGAUGCUGGCGGGGCAUCCCCCCUUCUUCGACGACAACCCCUUCGGCAUCUACGAGAAGAUCCUGGGCGGCCGGGUGGAGUGGCCGCGCCACCUGGACCCGGCGGCCAAGGACCUGGUCAAGAAGCUCCUCACCCCCGACCGUACAAAGCGACUCGGUAACAUGAAGAACGGCGCCGAGGAUGUCAAGAAGCACAGGUUCUUCAAGAAUGUCGACUGGGACGACGUCUACCACAGGAAGAUGAAGGCUCCACUGGUGCCCAAAGUGAGCUACGAGGGCGACACCCGGAACUUCGACGACUACCCAGAGAACGACUGGAGAUCGUCCGAGGGUGUCUCCCAGGCCCAGCUGGCGCUCUUCCGCGACUUCUGACCUGCGAUGAGAUGAACUGCAGUCAUGACCUAUGAUGACCUAUAAUAUAAUAAGAUGACUUACAAUGACCUGCAACAUGCGGACGAUGACCAACGAUGACCAAAAGUGGCCCGUGACAUCCUUAUGAUGAUUUCUGACUUGUGAUGACACCUGCGAUGACCAAUCAUGACCUGUUACCUGCAAUACUCUGACUUACAAUGACUUGUGUGCUAUGGUGACUUAUGACCUACAAUGACCUGUGAUCUACGAUGACAUAUGACCUGUGCCUGCGACCUAUGAUGACAUUAUAAUUUGUAUAUAUAGUUUUAUUUAAUUUUUAAUGUACAGUUUGUUGAUUUAGUUUGUACAUACGUAUGUGCGUGCGUACGUACGUUGUUCCCAGGAUGACUGUGAAUAUAGUGGUCCGUCCGUACACGAAUAGUGCGUAUGUUUGUACGUAUGUAAUACGUACAUACACAAAUAUGCAAGUAAUACAUAUGUAUAUAAUGUACUUGAGUAUGCAUACAUAUGUAUAUAUUAAACUAUGUACAAUUGCACAUACGUACAUGUAUAGAUUAUGUACGUAAGUACAUACAUACAUUCAUACGUAAUAAAAUGCCUGUAUUUUUACACACUUAAAGACGUACGUAUGUAUACAUACAUACAUAUUAAACUAUGUACAAUUGCGCAUACGUCCAUGUACAGAUAAUAUAUGUAAGUGCAUACGUACAUUAUUACGCAAUAAAAUGCUUUUAUUUUUACACUUAAAUACAUAUGUAUUUAUAUAUACGUACAUAUUAAACCAUGUACAAUUGCACAUACAUACACACAUGUACAGAUAAUAUAUGUAAGUACAUACGUACAUUAUUAAACAAUAAAAGGCUUGUGUUUUUACACAGGUAUGUACGUACGUAUGUAUACAUACGUACACAUUCAAAUAUGUACAGUUGAGCAUACGUAUAAACUGUAUGUACAUACGUUCAUUAUUAUGCAAUAAAAUAAUUGUAUUUUUACACACUUGAACACAUACAUAUGUGUAUUUGUAUACAUAAUCAAUGUACAACGGUACGUAUGUACACGUGUGUUUAUAUAUAUAUAUACACACACAUACAUUUGUACGUUUGUACGUAUAUAUACAUCACAUGUAAAUACGACGUAUGUUUUUGUAUUUUAGGCAAAUUUGAAUCAAUGUAGCAGAGUAGUCGAGAGGAAACUGGCUGUGAUGAUAAAUAAAUACAUAAAAGAAAACUUGUCUUUUAUAUUAUAUAUAUAUAUAUAUAUAUAGAUAUAUAAAGUACGAUAUGAAAUAUAAAAUAUUCUAUAAAACUGGAACAUUUUAUAAAAUAUCGUUCAAAAUAUCUCUGAGUUCGUCCUACAUUAUUUUUUAAAUUUUGUUACUUAUUGUAUUUUAUUUUUUUAUUUUGUGUUUUUACAAAUGAUAUAGAAUAUUUUAUAAAAUAUCUAUAAAAUGUUAUAAAGUAUUUGUGUUGGAUUUGUCAGUUUAUUAUUUUUCUAAUUU